AUGCCUAAGGAUAACAAACAGACCGUGGUCUUAGUCUCUGUGGAGGGAGAGAAGUUCACUGUUGAGCGCAAAAUUGCCGAGAGGUCUCUUUUACUUAAGAACUACCUGAAUGAUAUGCAAGACAAUGGGCUUCAGAGCGACGGUAGUGACUCUGAAGAGGACGAGGAUGGUGCAGACGAAGAAGAUGAGAUUGUGAUGCCCGUCCCAAACGUCAGAUCGUCUGUUUUGCAGAAAGUGAUUGAGUGGGCUGAACACCACAAGGACUCGAACUUCCCGGACGAAAAUGAUGACGACGCGCGCAAAACAGCCCCAGCAGACCCAUGGGACCGUGAAUUCUUGAAGGUCGACCAAGAAAUGCUAUACGAGAUCAUGCAGGCCGCCAACUACCUAAAUAUUAAGCCUCUUUUGGAUGCAGGUUGCAAAGUUGUUGCGGAGAUGAUCCGUGGCAGAACCCCUGAAGAAAUCAGAAGAACCUUCAACAUUGUGAACGAUUUUACACCUGAAGAGGAGGCCGCUAUCAGACGUGAAAAUGAAUGGGCCGAAGAUCGUUGA